AUGCACAAGAAACCGCAGUUUCAGUUUAGAUAUAUCCAUACGCCGUCAUUCGAUUUGAGCAUCGAAAUACGCCUCUUCCGGGAAGAGAUACACGGCUUAAGGAAGGAGCUCAAGGAGUUUCGUGCUGACCUGUGCGAUAUACAGGAAGCCAUUUCUACGUGCAAACUUCAAAUGGAUGACUUUAAUAGUCGACUGAUAAAUCUUGAGGAAAAAGUCGAAAUUUUAUCCAGUCACAAAGGCACGGAAACUUCCAAGCUGGAAGAAACGAUUUUACAGCUUAAAUCUGAUAUCGAUGAGAGGGACCAGGAUCUCCUCCAGGGAGAUAUAGAAAUUUCAAACCUCCCAGAAGUUAAUGGAGAAAAUCCUUAUCACACAGUUAUUUGUAUAGCCACAAAGCUGGGUAUAGAUAUUGAUGAAAGAGAUAUUGUACAUGCAGAGAGAGUGGGCAAGAAGUCAGAAUCCGAGGGGGCAGGCCGAGGUCGCAGGGUUGUGGUGCGGCUAUCACGACCCAAACUGCGUGAUGAUUUUCUUCGAAACGCCCGAACGCGACGUGGCAUCACGACUGAGGGACUGGGCUUGGACCCUCCUACUAGACGGUUCUAUGUUAAUGAAAGGCUUACUAAAAAAAAUAAAAGUCUCUUUUAUUUGGUUCGUGAAACAGCUAAACAAGCGCGUUGGAGGUUCACCUGGACUAAGAAAGGAAAAAUAUACACCCGUCAGGGAGAGGGGAAACCGGCGCAUCAAAUAAAAUCAGAAAGCGAUAUAAAACGGGUUUUUGGCGACUUUUCAGUUGGAGUGAAAGAAAGUCACUAG